CUCUCUCUCUCUGUUUGUGUGUAUGCGUUCUUUCUAACUCGAGCGAUCCUCGCAGUGAGCGUGGCGGCGGUGUCGCUUGCUGUAAGCGGAGUGAGCAACAUUAUAGUGUACUUGAUAAAAGAGUACAACGUGAAGAGCAUCGACUCCGCUCAGAUCUACAAUAUCGUUAAUGGUUGCACCAGCGUCGUCCCCGUGGCCGGAGCCAUCAUCUUCGAUGCCUACGUUGGUUCCUUUCCCAUCGUCGCCUUCUCUACCAUCACGGCCUUGCGGUCUCUGAUACUACUCACAUUAACGGCCGCCCUUCAAACUCUAAGGCCAUCUCCAUGCCCAGUGGGCUCCAGCCAUUGCGAAACACCAUCAGCAGGGCAGUUUGCAACCCUCUAUAUCUCACUGGGCCUGUUGGCCGUGGGGACCGGUGGGACGCGGUUCAACACCAUGACCAUGGGCGCUGACCAGUUCGAGAAGCCCCGAGAUCAAGACACAUUCUUCAACUGGUACUUCGUCGCCCUCUACGCCGGCGCAAUCCCCGGCUUCACCGCCACCGUCUACGUCCAGGGCAGAGUUAGCUGGGCUCUAGGCUUCGGCCUGUGCGCCGCUGCUGGUGCCAUAGUUGUGGCCGCUCCUCUCCUUGGAGCCAGAUUUUACCACAAGCCCCAGCCCAAGAGAGCCCGUUCACAGACCUUGCUCGUGUUGUGGUCGCCGCCAUUGGGAAAAGGAGGAUUGCAGUGCCACCCAACAACUUGGGUUACUGCUAUGGGCCUCGUGAGGCGGGGGAAGCCGCCUUCAUCGGCGGAUGUUCCAUCUCAAAGUUUCAGGCAUGUGCUCAAACAAAUCAUGAGCACCGAAUGA